UUUUUUUUUUUGCCCUUUUCCUCUGAAAAUUCUCCCAUUUCAUUUUCCUUCAAAUUGCCACUUCCCAAUCAAACCCAAAACCACAAAUCCUUCUUCUUCUUCUUCUUCUUCUUCUUCUCCCACACAUACUCUGUCGCUUUCUUUCUCUGUUCAAUCCAUUUAACUAAUUAUUCUUCUUCCUCUUCCAUAGCCAACGGGGUUCGAGCCAGUUCGAGCGUUUUUUUUUUUAAUUUUUGCAUGAGGGCAGAGGUUCGAACGAGUUCGCGGGAGAUGGAUUUUCAAGGCGCCGGUUCUUGUCUUCAGUACUCCCUUUCUCCGCCUCCGCCUGCUCGAAACGGCGGAAUCGAACAGGAAUUACGAUGUCUGGUUUCGAGUUUCGGCGGAGGAAAACGCUCGGAAUCGGACGUGAAGGAGGACGAUGGAGUGGCAGUGGAGGUACCUGCGGCGGCGGCGUCGGAGGAGGAGGAAGGUGGACGGGAGAGGCUGAAGAGGCAUCGGCGGGAGGUAGCCGGUCGGGUUUGGAUACCGGAGAUAUGGGGACAAGAGGAGCUUCUGAAGGAUUGGAUCGAUUGCUUUGCCUUUGACGCUUGUUUAUUUCCGACUGGAAUUGGAUCGGCGAGGGCGGCGCUGAUUGAGGAAGGAAGGAGGGCCAACAAUGGCGGAUUCAGACCGGAGAACAGGUGCUGAUUUUCAGUGAUUUUCUAGGUGGGGUAAAUUAAUUGCAAUAAAAAAAAAAUUAAAAAGAAAAAAAACAUCCCAAGCUCUAAAUAUUAGUGUUUCCAACAUCUGGGGAGAGAUUUUGAUUGGAAGCAAUCAAACAAAAUGAUGCACUUUGUUUUGUUUAUGGCGGCCAUUUGAUUUCCCAUUGUUAUUAGUUAAUACAAUUAUGAAUUCUCCAUCAUUAUUAUUAUUAUUAUUUUGAUUAAUCUUAAUCCCUA